AUGAGAGAAAUUGUAACAUUAUGUAUUGGUAAUUGUGGAAUAAAACUUGGUGAAAAGUUUUGGAGUAGUGUAUUGACAGAUCAUGGAAUUGAUAGUGAUGGUAUACACGAUCAAUCACAAGAUACAACAACCAUUUCAAAAGCACAACUCUAUGGUACAGAUGUACUGUUCAAUCAAGACAAGAAUCAAACUUUUAGACCAAGAUCUAUAUUUGUAGACUUUUCACCUGGAUCAAUCAAUACACUACGAAGUGGACCUUUGGGAUCAUUGUUUACUUCAAAUUAUGUAUACUCUAAAUCUGAUGUUUCUCGUAAUAAUUGGGCUUCUGGUUUCUAUGUUGAUGGAGAAGAGGUAAUUGAAGAUAUAAUGACAUUAGUUGAUAAAGAAGUAGAAAUGUGUGAUUCAAUACAAGGAUUUCAAAUCAUUCAUUCGAUUUCUGGUGGUACUGGUGCUGGAUUGGGAUCAUUGGUUGCUAAAAAACUUAGAGAUAGUGUAUUACCAACUGAUUCAUCGGCCGAAAUAGUAUCACCUUACAAUCAAGUACUUACUCUACAUCAUCUGAUUGAGAGUGCUGAUAUUACUACUCUAUAUGAUGACUCUAUACUUUGUGAUAGAUUGAAACAACAAAAGUACCUGGGUGGUGGUGACACUAAAAAGGAGAUUUCUCAUAACCAACUAAAUAGUUUUAUUGGACCUGCUAUCAAUGCAUCUACUUGGAGUUUUAGAUUCCCCGGGGGAGGAGAAGGAGGAGGAUCUUCUAAUCGACAUCAUCAUCAUCAUAGUCAAUCAAUGGACAAGAUGUAUAUGAAUAUGGUACCAUACCCAAGAAUGCAUUUUUUGGUCUCUGGUUUAAUCGAUCAACAACCUCAAAAACAGUCAUCAGAGGAGGUGGAUGUGGUCCAAGUACAUGAUAUAAAUUCAGAUUUCUUUAAUGGGAAUAAUUUCAUGUUAAAACCAGAUCCACUUGGUAAAUAUAUUGGUGCAUCAUUUAUUUAUAAACAACAACAACAAGGAUUAUUUUCACAAAAGGAUAUUGAUGAAUCAUUGUCCAAACUAGAAUCAUUACAUUCUUUGGAUUUUAUUCCAGAUUGUUUUAAAUCUUUUAUUUGUAAUAUUCCAACUACAUCAUCAUCAUCAUCAUCAACUUCAACUUUUAAUCAAAAUAAUAAUAAUAAUAAUCAAAAUAAUUUUGAAUAUUUUGAAAAUAAUGAACCAAGUGGAAUUAUUUUAGCAAAUACAUCGAGAUAUGAAUCAAUGUAUAGAAGAAGAGCAUUCACAUCUUGGUACAUUAGUCAAGGAAUGGAUGGAUUAGAAUUUGAAGAAUCAUUGGAAAAUGUAAGAGACCUCAUUUCAGAAUAUCAAAUACGAUCACCUGUUGAAGAUGAUGAAGAGGAAGAAGAAGAACAAGUUCAUGAAUAA